UCCCGCUCAGCGCAACGCAUCACACAGCUCCUCUCAUCCCUUCCUCCCUCUUCUUCUUCUUCAAGUGCAUAGCAGCUACUCAUAACGAGGCCAAGGAAUCGCACUACCAAACCGAGAGAUCACUGAUAGGCAGAGAAAUUAGUUGCAGUGGCAAUGGCGCGAUGCCUUGUGUUCAUGGUGUUCCAAAUCUACUGCCUCAUCUCGACCGUCGGGCUGCCGCUGGAGCCGCCAGCCGAGCUGCUGCAGCUCGGCGGCGGAACCGUGGGCGGCGGCCGGCUAAGCGUCGACCCGGCCGACAUCCAGGAGGCGUCCCGUGACUUCGGCGGCUUCACCCGGGGCGAGCCCCUGGCCGUGUACCACCCGCGCGGCACCGACGACGUGGCGUCGCUGGUCCGUGCGGCGUACGAGUCCGCCAGCGGCAUCCGCGUCUCGGCCCGCGGCCACGGCCAUUCCAUCAGCGGGCAAGCGCAGGUGCCAGGCGGCGUCGUCGUGGACAUGAGCCACGGGUGGCGCGCGGCCGACGACGUCCAUGGGAGGAGGAGGAACUCGCAGGCGCGGGCAUUGCCCGUGUACUCGGCGGCGCUGGGCGGGCACUACGUGGACGUGUGGGGCGGCGAGCUGUGGAUCGACGUGCUCAACUGGACGCUGGCGCACGGCGGGCUCGCGCCGCGCUCCUGGACGGACUACCUCUACCUGUCCGUGGGCGGCACCCUCUCCAACGCCGGCAUCAGCGGCCAGGCUUUCCACCACGGGCCCCAGAUCAGUAAUGUCUACGAGCUCGACAUCGUCACCGGGAAAGGAGAGGCCGUGACGUGCUCGGCGGCGAAGAACCCGGACCUCUUCUUUGGCGCGCUCGGCGGGCUGGGGCAGCUCGGGAUCAUCACGCGGGCGCGCAUCGCCCUCGAGCCUGCUCCCCGGAGGGUUCGCUGGAUCCGGGCGCUCUACUCCAACUUCACCGAGUUCACGGCGGACCAGGAGAAGCUCAUCUCCCAGCACGGCGGCCGGCGGCGGUUCGACUACGUGGAGGGCUUCGUGGUGGCCGCCGAGGGUCUCAUCAACAACUGGAGAUCUUCCUUCUUCUCGCCGCAGAACCCGGUCAAGCUCAGCUCGCUCAAGCACCACACCGGCGUGCUCUACUGCCUCGAGGUCACCAAGAACUACGACGCCUCCACCGCUGGGAAUGUUGAUCAGGAGGUGGAUGCUCUGCUGGGCGAGCUGAGUUUCAUGCCGGGCACCGUGUUCACCACGGACCUGCCGUACGUGGACUUCCUGGACCGCGUGCACAAGGCGGAGCUGAAGCUGCGCGGCAAGGGGAUGUGGGAGGUGCCGCACCCGUGGCUGAACCUCUUCGUGCCGGCGUCCCGCAUCGCCGACUUCGACCGCGCCGUCUUCCGCGGCAUCCUCGGCAGCCGCACCUCCGGCGGGCCCAUCCUCAUCUACCCCAUGAACAAGCACAAGUGGGACCCGAGGAGUUCGGUGGUGACCCCGGACGAGGACGUGUUCUACCUGGUGGCGUUCCUGCGGUCGGCGGUGCCGGGCGUGGACGACCCGUCGAAGAGCCUCGAGGCGCUGGCGCGGCAGAACCGGCAGAUCCUUGACUUCUGCGCGGAAGCCGGGAUCGAGGCCAGGCAGUACUUGGCGAACCACAAGGCGGAGCCCGAGUGGGAGGCCCAUUUCGGCGCCAAGAGAUGGGCGCGGUUCGCGCGGCUCAAGGCCGAGUUCGACCCGAGGGCCAUGCUGGCCACCGGGCAGGGGAUCUUCACGCCGGCCGGCUCCCCGCCGCCUCUCUUGUCCGAUUCUUGAGAAGGCCACGACUAAAAUAGCUAUAUGUAGCUAGCUAGCUAGGAGUAUGUAAUUGGCGAAAUAGGAAGAUUAGUUAGUUUGACCAUGUAUAGCUACUUUAACUUACCCCAAUUGGUUCGUUAUGUACAGAGGAAGAGGAUGUGUCGUCCUGUUCAUGCAACUAGAUAUAUGCAGAUCAUUUUGCUGGUAAAAAUCAGUUCCAGCCUCCA